CCAAAAGUGUCAAGAGUAUAUUAAUGCUAAGUUCGAAGUCUAGAGAUUUGUGUCAUAUCGAACCAAUCUUCAGUUAUCAAUGUCAGCACCAAAUAAGAAUUAAUUAAAAAGCGAUCAACAUUGCUGCCAAGAAGACAAGAACGUGUGACGUACAAAGAUGUACUCAGUGUGGUCUCCGCUAUCACGGGGAGCGGUUGUCUAUCGCGUUUCUCAAAUUUCGAACGCGGAGUUUUGGCUUGGAACAUUAUUAAUAUUGUUCGCGUGUGAAAUGGACUUAUUAUACUUCCAUAUACUGAAUAGCUUUGACAUAGACUUGUUUUCGUUAUAAAAAGAAAAAAAAAACAAUAAAUUUGAAUUCGUGGAAUCGAAUCGAAAUAGCACGCGAAUGCAAAGCCAAAUGCUAAAUUAACAAAGACUUAGUGUUUUGUUACGUGUUUUGUAUAUAAAUAAGAAAAGGAUGGACAGAAUUGAUGGUUGAAAUAAUGAUAUUGUUGUCUCUUUCAUUUCGAAGUGUACGCUACGAAAGACAUGCACCGCGGUACAAUACGUCCGUCUUGUAUGUAAACAGAAAACAUCUGAUUGUGUUCUAAUUUCAAACUGAAACAGUUCGAGUUAAUUUUAGUGUGGACUUUCAAAUAAUAAAAUAAUGAUUUUGAAUUUUUUUCAUUCGAUUUAAAUAAAAAUAUAGAAACGUUCUUAAUUUAAAAUAGAGGUUGUUUGUGUGAAAUUUGAAAAUUGAAUUUAUAAUUGGAAUUUAUUAUGAAUAAUCGAUUUUGAAUUAUUUGUGCAUACCGAUUUAAAUAUAGUGGAACGCAAACACUAUAGUGAAAAUAGUGAUUUAUUUGUUUGUAAAUACUGCGUGCUGUUUAUCAAUUUUAUUUAAUCUAGAGCAGAAAGAUGCAUCCACAAAGGCCAUUUUUUGGUUCCCACUCCGAUACGUCGGCUAUAAAUAUGAAACACUUGGUCACCGAUCUCUUCAGUCAGAUGCGGGAGCCUUCCCCAGGGGCUCCAAGCCCCAAGGGCUCCACCGUAUCACUGAAUGUCACCAGAAAUGCGGGCUUCCAGCAACAGAAUGGCGCUGAACAUCUGCCUUGGAGUAACCCUGGGAUGUCCUUAUCUAGCAACUGUAGUUCUAAUUUAACCAACGAAUCUUCAAUACUAGUUCGUACGGUUAGCAAUGCAUCGGCCUUGACGUCGUUAUGUGCUGAUCUAUCCCCGUCAGAUUCUCAUUUCUUCGAGGUUCUGUAUAUUGGUAAAGUACGCAUAUCGCAGAGGAAAGUCCCUGAAUCGUUAAUCGAUGAUGCAUUACAAAAGUUUACUCAGCAUGAAGCGGAAAAAAUAAAAAAUAAUAGGCGGCACAGCUUACUGUCUUCCACCGGGGCUUCUCAAGAUAGCAUAGAUUCUGAUAUGAAGAGUUCACCGGAGCGUGCGAUGGAACAGUUUAGACACAACAAUUUAAUCCCAAGUACCACACCCUUAGAACCGGAUAAAUCCAUGACUUGGAAAAGCGCUGAGAACUUACAAAAACCUGAAAAUACAGAAAUCGACAAAGAAUUUGACGUAUUUACCAAAGAGCGAGUUGAAAAGAACAUCAAGCAACCAGUACCUUUAGAACCUACAGUGUUAGUGAUAAACGUACCUAAAAACAACUUGGGAACUGUUGAGGAAGACGAAGAAAAACACGAUGAUGGUCAUACACUAACAACAUCACACACAAGUAAAAUUGAACCUAAAGAUGCCUUAAUUCCUAAUGCUGUUAAGGCUAAAAAUCCUUUAAAAGAUAAAUCAGAUCAGACAAAUAAACAAUCAGUCGUGGAUCCAUUACUUCAUGUGCCUAUGGAAGUUAAAAAUAUUGAACCACAAACCGACGAAAAAUUAGGGGCAUCAAUGGAAAAUAAAACAAAUUUAAAUUUCGGAGAACUACAAAGAAAACCGAAAGAGACUUACGAGGAGAAGAAGAGAAUGAUGUCAGACGUGAAACCUUAUUUAAGAGAUAGGUCAGCGUCGAUUGGCACAUUAAAUUUAAAAACACCUUUGGCUCAUUUGAUUGGUGAACAAAAUCGGACAAUGCUCUUUCAGGUUGGUCGUUCAGAACUACGUCUGAUAAGCCCCGACAGGAAACAGAUUCUUUUACACCGAUCCUUCAAGGACGUCGCCAGCUGCGUCCUCGGUAGAAGCAACAAGGAACACUUCGGCUUCGUGUGUCGGGAGACUAAUGACUACGCGUGCUAUGUGUUCAAGUGUGAGAGUGAUUCCGUUGCUACUGAAGUUGUUAAUGCGAUUAAACAAGCGUUUGUGGCGCACGCAGAUCUCAUAAAGAAGUCCAGGGAUAAAUCACCGAAUAUGACGUGCGAACAUUGCCCCAUGCUGUGGUACCACAGACUGUGCCACGAUAUCGAAGGUAUGAACGAAAAGAAGAUACACGCUUUCAUACUACGUCGCAUUGAACAGCUACCUGAUGAUGAACAAGAGGUCAUCAUCACAAAAUACCAAGGUGGAACUAAUCAUAUGUACGAGGUCAGCGAACACAACGCGUUCCUAAUGAUGCUUCUCCGAGCGCAUUGUGAAGCAAAACAGCAAAGACAUGUGCACGAUACGGCUGAAAAUAGAUCUGAAUUCCUCAACCAAUACCUAGGUGGCAGCACUAUAUUUAUGAAAGCUAAACGAUCUCUAUCAAGCGGAUUCGAUCAUCUACUCAAACGGAGGCAGAGUAAAGAUGACGUAUCCCCACUUGCCAUUAAAAAGGAGUUCUCCCCCCAUCCUUCUGGUCUGGACACGUCGUCAGAGCCGAGCAAUUCGGAGCUCCUCUCGCCAGACGUGCAGCGCUGUAAAUCAUUGUCGCCGAGCGUUAAUGUUGGCACGGGUGAGUUUCCAUUUUCGAAAACUACCAACCAAGUGUCGUUCGAUGAAAGCACAGAUGAAAGCAAAGAAGAGACCUCCGUUAAUUCCCCUAUGAUGGACAUAUUCCUGAAAGUAAGCGACUCACGCGCAGCCGCUAAUGAAAGCGGUAACGAGUCCGAUGCGACCUGGCGCCAGGCGAUAUACGAAAAGGUGGUCCAACCCAGCAAAGACGAAGGUGAUAUGCAACAGAAGAAUCUCCUGGGUCACCCAACGUCACCGACCGGCAAGCGUUCGAAGGAACAGCUCCGUCAGCUCUGGAAGAUGGCGAUUGAUCAGACCAUAUUACUUGUGAGGAUGGAAAAAGAAAAUGCCAGGUUGAAAGAGAGUGAAGAAUCUUCGGCGGUGCGGCGGAUCAAGCUCGAAUACGCCGAGAUGGGGUCGUGCGACGCGGGGGUGUCGCACAUGUGGGACUCCCUGCUCGCGAGGGACCCCUCCCGGCCCGUCGCCAGAGUCGACAGGCACAUGCUGAGGCAGGCGGUUCGACAAGGCGUCCCGCGCGCGGCCCGCGGCGGCGUGUGGUACUUCCUGGCGGCGCAGGCGGCGCUGCGGGCCGCGCCGCCCGACGCGCGCCUGUUCCCGCUGUACCACGCGCCCUACCGCUCGCUGCUCGCCGGCCUCACCAAGCACCAGCACGCCAUACUCAUCGACCUGGGGCGCACUUUCCCCAAGCACUCGUACUUCGCGUCAGCCCUAGGUCCGGGUCAGCUAGCUCUAUACAAUAUAUUGAAGGCGUAUUCACUUUUGGAUCCCGAUGUGGGCUACUGUCAGGGCCUGAGCUUCGUGGCUGGAGUAUUAUUAUUACAUAUGGAUGAAGCGGAAGCCUUCGUGCUGUUGAGGCAUUUGAUGUUCCGACGCGGUAUUAGAAAGCAGUACCUACCGGAUAUGAGUGCUUUACAAGUACAAUUGUAUCAACUCUCACGUCUCCUCCGUGAUCACGAGCCGGAACUGCACGCCAAGCUGGAAGCUCUAGACAUAUCACCAGCUCUUUACGCAGCGCCCUGGAUGCUCACACUCUUCACUAGUCAGUUUCCACUCGGCUUCGUCGUCAGGGUCUUCGACCUGAUUUUCCUGGAGUCGUUCGACGUGGUGUUCGCGGUGUCGCUGGCGCUGCUGGCGGCGCACCGCGACGGGCUGCUGCUGUGCGAGAGCUGCGAGGAGGCGGCCGAGUACCUCAAGCACAAGCUGCCCGACCUCGACCAGCACCUCUACGAGCGGGUCAUGGCCACGGUUUCAAAGUUAGACAUCAGUCGUCAAUUAACUGAGUAUGCUGUGGAGUACAGCGUGCUGAGGGAGGAAAUGCCUCGCCUGGCGACACUCACAGAACACAACCGGCAGCUGCAAGAGGAUACCAGCCGAAUGAGCACCGAACUUGAUUCUGCAAUGGACGCGAUAGAAAACUAUCAAAAGACCCAAACACGUCUCGAAGCGCAGAACAAAAUCAUGGAACAACAUCUAACUUUCCUAAGCCGAUAUAUAUCCGCUCACCAUAGACAAGAUUUACCGCACGAAAUCAAGAAAAUAGUCCAAAAUUACAGCAAGAAAAUCUCAUUUGGUUCGAAGAUUAUCACAAAGUUCACUUCGAAUGACGAAGAAAAUGAAUAUAAGAAGAAUUAUAAGCAAGGCGCAAGCACGCCGAAUUUGUUCUCCAAGACCACAAAAGAAGAAGUUAUGAACGUUGUCAACAAAGAAAGGAACAUCGAGGACAGGAAACAGUUCAUGAUGAAGAAGUCUCAGUCAGUGCAUUCAGGUUUAAUAUCGAACAAGCAUUUCCCAUUGAAAGUUCUAGAAGAGAAGAAAGAAGACGUGAGAAGGAGAGACAGCCUGCGUAUUGAGAACUUAGCAAACGAUAAUAUACGAGACUUGGGACGGAAGACAUCGGGAUUUUUCGCGAAUACACACGAACAGAUAAGGCAGGAGAGGUUCUUCGAGCAGCAAUUGAAGCACGAUUUUGAUGAGAAUUUGAAGAAGUUAGACGAGAAGUUAUCGAAGAAGCUAUCGCCGAAAUCAUAUAAAGACGAUUUAAGCAUAUUUCAGAGUAAAAAAAGUAUGUCACUCAAUUUGAACCCUAACACGAAGGGGCAAGACUCAAAGUUAAAUGACAGUGGUUUCGUAACACCAUUAUCCCCUGAGAACAAUAGGAAAGAUGACAAUUCAUCUACUAUUUCACAUCCGUUGAGUGACUGUGAUGUUGACAUCAAAUUCGACGGUCAAUUGACUAAAUUGAAACAGAUACGACCGUUGAAAAAUAAUAAUUAAUAUCAAUAGAAAAAUUAGCACAUUUGAUACGUAAGGAGAUUUUAGAGGUCACGAUAAUGUAUUGUAAAGAAAUUUAAGAAAGCUACAUGAAUGCCACUAUUAUAUAUUUUGUCCAAUCUAUAUUUUAUAUUUAUUGACAAUUAUUUUGAUAUGUAAUUCGAGUUUGAAACGUCAUAUCUAAAAUUGCGUCACUGUUUUUAUUUGCAAAUUCACUUGAACGGAAAUGAUUCGCAAAUACAAUAAUAUCAGAAAACUAUUGAAUUUAAUUUAAGAUAAAAAAAAAAUGUAAGCGUUGAUAAUCAUGCAAAAACUCACAAAUGCACAUGUUUAAAGAGAUAGAAAGAGAAAGAGUGAUAAAUAGAGAAGGAGAGAGAGAGAUGUAACAUCAAACAUAUGUUAAAUAUGAAGAGAUUCUGUGAAUAAAAAAAAACAAUUAAAAACAUGAAGAAAAAGUAAAAUACUUAAAUUUUAUAAAUUGUUUGUAGUGGAAAUAUAGAGUAUAAAUGUUAUAUGAAAACAAACAUAUAUUGAAUCUGGCUCACUCA